AUGUCGACCGAUCCCAAGAUUCAGGACCUGCUCAACAAGCCCAAGAGCGAGCUCACUGAAUAUGAGGUCUCCCUCGUCGAGGAACACGAGCUCACCGCGGGCCCCCUCUCCCUCCUGCAAACCGCCACACGCACACACACCCAGGUGCUGAUUUCGUGCCGGAACAACCGCAAGCUGCUGGCGCGCGUCAAGGCCUUCGACCGCCACUGCAACAUGGUGCUCGAGAACGUGAAGGAGAUGUGGACGGAGAAGCCCAAGGGCGGCAAGGGCAAGGGCGUCAACAAGGAUCGGUUCAUCAGCAAGAUGUUCCUGCGCGGCGACUCCGUCAUUCUCGUCCUGCUGAGCUGA